ACUACCGAAAAUCGAGGAACGCGCCCAGCUCAGGUAUUUUGGCCACUUGCACCCAGUCAGCAAUUUGGUUAUUUAAAUUCAGGGAUUUAUAAAAGUCCCGGGAUUUAUAAUUUCUUUAGAUUACACAGAGUUGUGGUGCAACCGGUGAGCCUGUGACGUCAUUAUGUAAUGGGAUGCGUAUGUUCCUUUAUAUACUAAUGCUUGACGGUUUGGAGUUUGCACGUGAAGAAUAGAAAUAUUUGAGGAAUUUGGAAUUUAUGUGGUUGGAGGCCAUAUGUAUAUGAAUUAUUUUCGUUUGUCGUCGUCCUAGUCAAAGUAUUUAUUAUACACUGCUAGCUACUAUCGUUUGUACAUUGUUUAUGGAACGUUUAUAAUGAAUUGGUGCAGAUCAGUCCAAUCGCUGGUAAAGUCUGCCUUUUCAGGAAAAAUAAGGCAAGAGUCCUCCAACUAUGCACAGCUACGCUACAUGUCAAGAGUCAAAUCAAGACAUACUGCUCCACGACACUUUUGGAUGAAAAAGGAGCGAGCGCGGUACCCGGAGGAGCUGAGCAGUGAGAACGAGGCGUUCCUGCGGGAGGUGGUGUCGGACCGGUACGAGUCCCCGCUGCGCCACCAUCCGCCGGCCGCGCCGCUGGCCUAUACACCGGGCGUGCGCCGCUGCGGCCUGGUGGCGCGCAAAAUCGCCGUCCAACCCAUAUGGCUCAGCAACGGGAAAUACGUCAACACCACCCUGCUGCAUGUAGCCGAUAACCACGUGGUGGGGUACGUGCCGCCGGAGAUGCUGAACCAGAACGAGGUGGUGCGCCGCCGAUGGAAGGAGCAGUACCGUCCGCUGGCCGGGCUGGUGGUCGGCGCCGACCAGGAGGACCCCACCAAGUUCACAAAGGAGUACGCCAACAUGUUUCUGGAGGCGGGCAUCAUGCCCACGAAGAAGCUGACGCGCUUCACCAUCAGCCCGGAGGCGGCGCUGGCGCCCGGCACUCGACUCCGGGCCACGCACUUCCAGGUCGGCGACUACGUGGAUGUCUACGCUAAAACGCGGGAGCGCGGUUUCCAGGGUGUGAUGAAGCGCUGGGGGUUCGCCGGCCAGCCGGCUACCCACGGAGCCACCAAGACGCACAGGCGACCGGGCGGUAUCGGUAGCGGUGCGCAAAAGUCGCGCGUCUGGCCCGGACAGAAGAUGCCCGGGCACAUGGGCGGCCAGUACCGUAACCUGCGCGGACUCAAGAUUCUGCGAAUCAACACGAAACACGACAUCAUCUAUGUGUUGGGUCACGCCGUGCCGGGCGACCACAACGACUACGUGCUGAUCCAUGACACGGUGCUUCCACUCAGACGACGGAAGGAGCCGGGCACUGUCAUCACCGACGAGGAGGCCGCCCAGCUGCCCGAGGACAUUUUCCACCCUGACGUCCACCAGAUGGCGGCGCCCUCAAUAGUGUUCUAGUCUGGCGGCAUCUCCUGGGGUGAUGUGGCACCCAACCACCUGUGCUGAUUAGUGUAAUACAUGUCUGAGUCCCCGAA